AUUUACGAAAAAAAUUUCGCUGCUUUCCUUAGGAAAUCGUAACGAAAAUCCUCUCUUAUAUAUUAUAUAUAUGAAUUCAUUCCUAAUUUCCCAUUAAUUGUGUAUAGGAUCUUUAGUUGAUUCUCUUUUCAAUUUCCUCUUUGAAUUGUCAAAAUGUUUCGAUUUCUAGGGUUUCAUAUUCUCAUGCCUUAAUUCUUUGUUCUUGGUACCAGUUAACUUCUUCUUUUUUGUCCAUUUUUAUCUGUUCUGAUUUUUACAGUUUGCUUUUCUUUUUCUUCUUUUCGGGGUUUGAAGAAUUAAAUGAGAUGGCUAGGGUGAUUGGAGGAAAAGAGAAUUUGAAUUCGAAUUCUUCCUUGUAUUCACUGCAAGUGAAUUUGUUUGGAUGCCCAGUCCAAUUUGGGUCGGGCAUCGAUACGUUUUCCAUUGCUUGUGAAGCCUUCUCUGAAAAUUUCCUUUAACUAGAAUCAUAUUUGUACAGUUCAAUUAGGUUUUCAAUUUUUUUUUUCUUUUUUCUGGAUUAUAUAUUGUUCUGUGUAUAAAAUUGUGGGGAUAUUGUGUGGUGGAUUGAGAAUCGAAGAUGGAACCUAAUGAGUCUGAUGUUGUAGAAAUUUCCCCGGACAAGCGUUACAUUCGGUAUAAUGAAAUCCUUGGGAGAGGAGCAUUCAAGAAUGUCUUCAAGGGGUUUGAUGAAAUUGAUGGUAUAGAAGUUGCUUGGAACCAAGUGAGCAUUGAUGAUGUACUGCAAUUGCCUGAACAUUUGGAGAGGUUAUAUUCUGAGGUUCACCUGUUAAGGACUCUGAAACACGAAAACAUCAUAAGGUCAUAUGCCUCUUGGGUGGAUGACGAAAACAAAACUAUUAACAUGAUAACUGAAUUGUUCACCUCAGGAAGUUUGAGGCAGUACCGUAAGAAGCAUAAGAACGUUGAUUUGAAGGCCAUCAAGAACUGGGCUAGGCAGAUCCUUCGAGGUUUACAUUAUCUACACGCUCACAGUCCACCUAUUAUUCAUAGAGAUUUAAAAUGCGAUAAUAUCUUUGUUAAUGGGAAUCAUGGAGAAGUUAAAAUUGGAGAUCUUGGAUUGGCCACAAUAAUGCAGCAACCUGUUGCCCGAAGUGUUAUUGUCAGCUAUUUUGAUUUUCUCACAGGUACUCCCGAGUUCAUGGCCCCAGAGCUUUAUGAAGAGGAAUAUAAUGAGCUGGUUGAUGUUUAUUCUUUCGGAAUGUGUAUGUUAGAGUUGGUUACCUGUGAAUACCCGUACGGUGAAUGCAAAAAUCAAGCACAAAUCUACAAGAAGGUCACUUCUAGCAUAAAACCAGCUGCUAUGAAUAAAAUUAAGUACCCUGAAGUGAAACAGUUCAUAGAAAAAUGUUUGGUUCCAGCAUCUCAGAGGUUAAGUGCUGUGGAGCUCUUGAAAGAACCAUUCCUGACCGAGAAUCCGAAGGAUUUAAUGUGUGAUCGUCUGCAGCUAAUUGAUUUUACACCUAAGUCGACAAUCUCGCUAAAAUCUGAUUCACCUUUCAUGGACGUGGACCCUAAUUACAAAAUGCUAUCAGCUGACACUUGUGCACAGAGUAUGAUUGAAACUUUUUCCACUGUAGAACUGAAGAGAUACAGUGUGAGAAAUGAAUUUACCAUAAAAGGGGAAAAGUUCGAUGAUGAUACAGUAUCUUUAACUUUGCGGAUCGCUGACUUGUCUGCAGGUAGGGCGAGGAAUGUUCACUUCAUAUUUUACCUUAAUGCUGAUACGGCACUCUCAAUCGCUUCUGAGAUGGGAGAACAACUUGAUUUGUUGAGUGAAGAUAUUGCUUUUAUAGCUGAGUUAAUUGACAGCUUACUUUUGAGGCUUGAACCCACCUGGAAAACUUCUGGAAGUUUGGGCGGAGCUCAGAGUUCUUACGUGGUUUCUGCUGUGCUUCAGAGUAAUCAGGUAUUAGCACCCCAAGCCAAAGACCAUGGAUCAAUUAUCUUUCCUGGCAGAGAGGCUAGUGAGAUAGCUGUUUCUUCACAGUUCUCCAGAUCAAAAGUCAAUGAUGCUAGAGAAUCAGUCGGAGCAUCUCCGAAACAAAAUGUGGUAUCGACCUCAGAUGCUAAACAUAAGAAUGAUUUGAGAUCAACUUAUGACCUUGAGAAGCACAAGGUUAGCAUUGGCGAGUCGUUAAUGAGCGAAUAUACGAAUAAUUCAGGAACCUCCUUUACGGGUUCAUGGAAUGGUGUAUCUAAUGAUAUGUGCAUAAGCAUAUCUUCUUUGUCACUGAUUGAAAAAGACCACGACAAAGAACUUUGCCAUGACCUGAAGCUAGAGCUUGAUGCAAUUGAUUUGCAGUAUCAGCAGCGUUGCCAAGAGCUUCUGAGGAUGAGGGAGGAGGCAAUUGAAAACGUCAAAAAGAGGUGGAUCUCAAAGAAAUUGUCUGUUUAACAUAAUAGAUUUUCAUUCCUUUCUUUUUCUCUUUCAACCGAUUUCUUUACUCCGUUGGGGAAAGUUUACUUUUGUUCACAAUUACAUCUCCAGACCUACAGGACGUUAUAUCAACUUAUAUCACGGUUGCAAGUUUAUUAUCAAUUGCUGGUGACAUUCUCUUAGCAAUGUUAUCAAGGUUAUUUAUUUAUUUA